UACUUCUACUUGUCGCUUGAUUCGAGCACUGCGCCUUUAAAAACAAACUGUUCCAUGUUUUCAGUCCCAACUGUCGACCGGUGGCCACGUACGGCUCCGCGCGCCGACGGUUAUCCCACGGUCUUGUCGUCUACGGUCGGCUACUUUUAUCACACAACCGUCGCGACAUAAACGACAUAUCGGCUAUUUUAAGUACUUUAAAGUAGUUUUUAUUGACAUAGGUGAGGAGGAGAGGCUUUUGAAUGAAGGUUCCCCGCUGGGACUGUAAAGCGGGAGGUGGGGGCGGUUUGUGGGGUCGUCCAGGCUAUCGGAUCUGGGAUCUGCUCACAUUUAUAACCAGACAGACGGAGGCUUGUUAGGGGCAGAGCUGAGCUGGACGGACGGACGCUUUCAUCGAGGAGGACGUGGAGUUUUAAACUUUUAUUCAUUAACCCCGGACGAUUUAAAGGACGGGAAAGUUGGAUAUAACAGAAAAGUUUCACUCUGGGUCCGGACCUCUCGUCUCCUGUCAAGAUUACGAGCUGCUGGACUGUAAGCUAAUCAUUCACUCUGGAAGUAACGUUAUCACUCUUUUACAGACUGUUGUGAUUUAGCUAGGCUUUAGCAUAAUUACUUGUAACUUAACUUUGUUGAAGCAGACACACAAAGUAUCUUCAAAAUGGAUAAAUACGAGGAUUUAGGAUUAGAGGCGAGUAAGUUUAUUGAGGACCUUAACAUGUAUGAAGCAUCCAGAGAUGGUUUAUUUCGAAUGAGAAGGGAUGCAGGAAAUAACCCCGACUUUGAAGAGACAAGAAGAGUUUUUGCCUCUAAAAUGACUAAAAUACACAUGCAGAAACAGCAAGAGGAGAUGGCAAAAAACAACCAGGCUAUAAAAAUGAAUGGAGGUCACAACAGCACAUAUUACACCAAAGACAGACCGCCCAUCAAUAGUUACAGACAGUCGGGUGAAGCGGCUGCGAAGCCCCCGAUACUCUCUGGCCCUGUUCCGGGCACCACGGCCGGGAGCCAGUACGCACAGUUUGACGGCCAGAAACACCACGCAGGCAUUCAGUCUGAACUUCCAGCCGGCAGGGCAUAUGGCUACGGAAACAGUUACGAUAAUAAGGAGCGCUUAGAGUCACAUUCAUACCAGCACAACACCCCUACUCCCCCCAGCCCAGGAAACGCGUCUCACAGCGCGCCCACACAUGCUCGUCACCCGGUCAGCCAACCGACUGCUUGGGCCCCAUCCAGAGAGAGCCAGCUUUCUCCAUCAUUGUCAGGGUCUGGAAGCAGCAGUGUGUCUCAGCAGCAGCCCCAGCGCCUUCCUGCACCUCCCGCCGUCAACAGCCUUCCAUCCCAGCAGAGUCCGGCUGUCACCUCUUCUGUAAACAGGAGUCCACCUUCCACUUCUGGGCCAGCCAGGGGAUGGGCUGGAGAGCCUUCUGGAUCAGCAAAACCAGACCUCAUCCCUGCUCUGCCACUGAGUGCCUUCACUGGAGGAGCAGAUUUCCAUGUGCAGCAGCCCUCCAUACAGCCCGCAGCCCAUUAUGCACCACCUUCUCCAACUUCAAGACCUUCUACUAACCAUAAUGGUCCUGUGGCAGCUUCCCCUACCCUUCCUGCACCUUCUGAAACACCUCAACCCAAAGCCCAGUUGACACCCGCUGCCUUGAGCCAUGGCAGUGUCUCCAAAAGCAGCAGUCAGGGUCAAGGUCAGAGCCAAAUACCUGGCUGUGGACAAGCCGCCAAUACUGGAGCGGACGUCCCAUGUUCCCCCAAGCCUGUCCAGCUACUCUGCCAGUCUCUCAUCACGCAAACCCCUGAACAGGGGCCUUCAGCGGCUGAAAUAAAAUUAGAAGCUCUCACUAAACGGCUGGAAAAAGAGAUGGAUGCCCAACCAAAGGCAGACUACUUUGGAGCCUGUGCUAAGUGUAACAAGGCAGUUUAUGGAGCCAACCAGGCCUGCCAGGCGAUGGGAAGCCUCUACCAUGACAGCUGCUUCACCUGCAGUGCCUGUAGUCGAAAGCUAAGAGGGAAGGCUUUCUACUAUGUCGGAGGGAAGGUUUUCUGUGAAGAGGACUUCCUGUACUCUGGUUUCCAGCAGUCUGCGGACAAGUGCAACGCAUGUGGGCAUCUGAUUAUGGACAUGAUCCUGCAGGCCCUCGGGAAGUCCUACCACCCCGGCUGUUUCCGCUGUGUUGUCUGUAACGAGAGCCUUGAUGGAGUGCCCUUCACUGUGGACACUGAAAAUAAGAUCUACUGUGUCAAAGACUACCACAGGGUCCUGGCCCCUAAAUGUGCAGCCUGUAAUCAGCCCAUCCUGCCCUCAGAGGGCUCUGAUGAAACCAUUCGAGUUGUAUCCAUGGACAAAGACUAUCAUGUGGAAUGCUAUCACUGUGAGGACUGUAAGAUGGAGCUGAAUGACGAGGAGGGUCACCGCUGCUACCCUCUGAACGGCCACCUUCUCUGCCACUCUUGCCACCUGAAGCACAUUGAGCCUGGCUGCUCCUCAUCCAUCACUGCCUCCUCCUACUAACACUGCUGUUGGUGAAGGGAGACACCUAGUGGAUGUAAGAAGGAACUGCCAAAGCGUGACUUGAACAGCAGUAAUGGUCAUGUACUGUUCUUGUUGUAGAGGAUUGAUUGAUUUAAUGCCUCAAAUCAUACAGUGGUUUGAUAUGUAUUUUGACAGGAAUGCUAAUGAAGUCUGCAUUAUGCAGAAUCUGAAAAUUUUAUGACGCAGGAAUGAAGUAUUGUAAUACACCAAAGCCCAACUUGGAAUGCAGGAAAGCACUGUGCUGUACCUGCUACAUACUGAGUUUGCAGAAGUGUUGCCAUAUCAUUACUUUUAUGUAAAUAUCAGUUGCAUUGGCUGUGUAAAUAUCUUAUAGUCAAUUUGUUUGUGAUACAGUGUGCCUUCAACUUCACAUUCACACUUCGACUGUGAAAUUACAGUUCAGAAUUUAUCUGUAAAUCGUCUGUCGGAUCUACUAGUGAUGAUCAUUUACAAAAAUUAUGCAUAGGUCAACUCCACUCAAAUCACAGGUACCUAAUGUUUUAGUCAGAAAGAUAAUCCGCUGCUCACUCAGAUGUUAUAGAAAGUAAUGGUUCAGUCAUAUGACACUCUGCUUCAUGUAAUCAGUAACUGCUUUUGUUUUGGAUGCUUACUGUUCCUCCACUCUAGAGGGAGGACAGCGCUUUCUACAGGCAAUAAUAACAGUUGGUGUGUAUUUUAUACAUCAGAGAGAUACAAAGUGGUUUUGACUGGUGAAUUUUAUUUUAAUCAAUUACCUCUACAUACAAGGUGUUCAUUUUCCAGUACGUUGACCUGCACACAGAGCCAACAUUGUUGUUCAUUUUUCUUAUGCAAAUACUGGUAUGCAAUAAGUUAUAUCUAAUAAUAACCAUUUCACAGAAAUUAUAAACAAUGUCAUUAUCCUCCAGGUUGCCAUACCUUUAUAAAUUCAAGCUAAAAACAUUUUUACACCUUUUUCUUUUAACUAAGUCUGAGCAAGAAUGCUGAGAGUAGCCAGGUUAUACUGUUCUGAAGUGAAUAAACAGUCAUUGUCACAUGCAGCCUGUUCUAAGCACUUAGAGAUAGAUGUGUGAGUUUUCUAUGCACCUAUGAAGAGGUUAUGUAUUUUGUUACAUCUUCAAACAUUGUAAAUUAAAAAAAAGAUAUAUAAUGUAGGCCUAUAUUCAUUUACCUUUUUUUCUUUUUGACUUUUGUGCAAAACCCCUUCGAUACUAAUUUGAUUUGCAGUGGGAAGUACAGUGUUGAUUGCCCACCUUUGCCAUCCAAAUGUUAUUCAUGUCUUCAGUUUACUAACUUAAUACUUUGUCAUUUGAGGUCCCUGUUUCAUAGCCAACUGAACAUUAAGAUGAAGAGCAAACAUAUACAUAUGUUCUGUAUGAUUGUUGUAAAGAAGUAUUUAAUAAAUGCAUUGCAAUAGACCAACUUACUUAUAAAAGUCUUUCCAUUUCCA